AUGGGAUGGAAUAGAAAAAACGGGAAGCGCUAUCGGUUCAGUUUUUUUGGGAGGGAGAAGCUUGUGAAGAAGGAAGCUUAUCCCCGCCCCGACUGUCAGCUGCUGGCUCUCUCCAUCUCUCCUAAACUUCCCCCGGGUUUCGGCCCAAGCUGUAUGAGGCAGAAACUCGUCCCACGUACGGUUCGGAGGCCGAGCCCCACCCCAGCAGUAAGGGUGUGGCUUAGGUUAACUAACACAAAGAAGAUACAGUUCACUCAACGAUUACCUUUGGGUUCCGAACUCCAUAUGGGGAAGGAGCGUUGUUGUUUGCAAGGUCUCGAUUAUUUACAUGGACCCACUUCUCAUUCAAUUUGUGGGAAUUUUCUGAUCUAUAAACCGUCCCUAACUAACGAUCGGCUCAUGUUUGAGGAUGAUGAAUCACUUCGUGGCGACCUAAGGUGGGAUUCAAGCGGGUGA